AUUUGCCUGGUACGCCAGGCAUUGGGCUUGCGGAGUUGUCCGAAACUUACUUUGUUGCUCAUAUGACAUCUUGUGAAUUUCGCAAAUUUUCAGCUCGGCGUUGAGGAGAAUUACAUCCUUCACUUGUGCAUCAGCUCAAACAUCCAUAUCUUGAAGCACCAGGCAAGAUGGCCGUCUCUGCCGUUACUCUCGCGGCAACCAGCUUUUGCAUCCUACUACUGGCCUACAAGCUGAUUAUAUACCCCGUCUUUCUCUCCCCAUUGUCCAAGAUACCCAAUGCACACUGGUCAGCUCCAAUCUCGCCAGUAUGGAUUAUCUGGAGACGGUAUAGGGCACAGAAUAACCGGACCAUCCAAUCCGCACAUGAAAGACUAGGACCUAUUGUCCGGCUUGCACCAUCGGAAGUCUCCGUCAACUGCGUCGAUGGAGGCAUCAAGUCUAUCUACACGGGUGGGUAUGAGAAACACGAAUGGUACCCUCGUGUCUUUGGCUCUUUUGGAACUGUUAGCAUGUUCACCAUGACAAACAACAAAUCCCACUCCACCCGCAAAAGGAUGCUGUCCAACAUAUACAGCAAGUCAUUCUUGCAGUCCUCGCCCCAUAUCCACCUCAUCUCCGAGACAAUCCUGCUUGAUCGUCUCCUCCCCAUCAUCCAGGAAGCAGCCUCCUCAGGCUCGCCUAUUGAAAUGCACGACCUCGACCAGGGGAUCACAAUGGACUUCGUCUCCGCCUAUCUCUACGGCCUAGCCAACGGGACCAAUUUCCUUCAGGACGAAUCUUUCCGGCGCAAGACCCUUCGCCUUUACCAAAGCAGGAAGCCCUUCGAAUUCUACCACCAAGAAGUCCCCAACCUCGUGUCAUGGGCCAAGCGACUCGGCCUCCGCCUAAUUCCUAAAUGGUGCGACGAAGCCAACGAAGUCCUCGACGCCUGGGGUCUAUCCUUCUGCGACAAAGCAGACGAAUGCCUCGGCUCGACCCAGCUCAACACAGAACCAAUGGUCUACAAGCAACUUAAGCAAAGUAUAUCCAAACAGCUCCCACCAAAAGACACACCAUCCUACCCCAAGCUCAUUGAGCAACAACGCUUCGACAUCGCCUGCGAACUCUACGACCACCUCACAGCCGGCCACGAAACCAGCGCCGUAGCCCUGACCUACCUCUUCUGGGAACUCUCCAAGCACCCGGACCUCCAGUCCUCUCUCCGCAAGGAGCUUCACACCCUAGAACCUAAGAUCCUGUACCCCCGUCCAUCAUCCUCCCGAGACCUCCCCACCCCCAAAUCCAUCGACUCCCUUCCCCUCCUCGACGCUAUCGUAACAGAGACCCUACGCCUACAUGCGCCGAUCCCCGGUAUCCAGCCCCGAGUCACCCCGUCCUCUGGAUGCACGCUAGUCGGGUAUAGCGAUAUCCCCGGCAAUACGCGGGUCAGUGCGCAGGCGUACUCGCUUCAUCGCAACCCGGAGGUCUUCCCGGAGCCGGAGACGUGGCAGCCGAAGCGGUGGCUGAAGGAUUGUAAUUCGUCGGAGGAGUUGGAGGAAAGGAGACGCUGGUUUUGGGCGUUUGGGAGUGGGGGGAGGAUGUGUGUGGGAAGUAAUUUGGCUUUGCAGGGUAUGUAUACCUUUCAUGGAGUGGUUGAUGGAAUGAAGCUGACCAGUUGUUCAUAGAGAUGAAAUUGGUAGUUGCGGCGAUCUAUACCAAUUAUACGACGACUAUAAUCGAUGAUGAGGAUAUUGAGGCUAUUGAUGCGUAUACGGUUA